AUGACUACUUCUGACAGAAGUAGGUUACAUCACCUGCCUGGGAAUAACAUUGAGAAUGGUUCAAAUCAUGACCAGCCCAAUCAAGAUAAUCCCUUUUUGAGUGGCAUCAAACAGCGAUUGCUUUCAUUUAUAUUCCGAGGAAUAUGGAACGAAGAAACAGAUCAAACAACGAGGAUCCAAUGCCUUAAGAAGAAAUUCUACUUCCAUUUUCAAGAUUAUGUUGACUUGAUCAUCUGGAAGGUACAGUUCCUGGACCGACAUCACCUGCUAAUCAAGUUUGGUAGUGUAGAUGCAGGGGUAUCCCGAAAUGCUGAUCACCAUACUGCAUUUUUUGUUGUAUAUAAUAUGGAGACAACUGAGGUCAUUGCAUUUUAUCAGAACUCAGCAGAUGAGCUUUACUUCUUGUUUGAGCAGUUUUGUGAUCAUUUCCACGCAACAACUAGAAAUUCAUUGUAUAUGAACUUCAUAUCAUCUCACUCAAACAACAUUUAUGCUCUUGAGCAACUAAGGUCCAUGAAAAAUAAAGCUGGUAGUUCUCCACAGGUUCAGUUUGUGAAGAAGAUGCUGGCUUCUUUGCCUUUUAGUUGUCAGUCACAGAGUCCUUCCCCCUAUUUCGAUCAAUCUCUCUUUCGCUAUGAUGAGAAGCUGAUUUCUGCAGCUGAUCGGCACAGACAAUCGACAGAUCAUCCCAUUAAAUUCAUUUCCAGAAGGCAACCACAAACCCUCAAAUUUAAGCUUAAGCCAGGUCCUGAAGCCGGUACUAUAGAUAGUCGGACAAAAAGGAUUUCUUCAUUCCUAUUCCAUCCAUUUUUGCCGCUUGCGCUCUCCAUUCAGCAUACUUUGUUCAUGCAGCCAUCAGUUAUGAAUAUUCACUUCCGGAGAUGAGUUUCUUUGUACCUGCCUUUACUCAUUUUCCACUGCAUCUGUACAUUUGAUAUUUUAUUAAUUUUUGUACAUCCAUAAUUAUACUAUUAGCUCUGUGUGUGGGAAGAUCUUGUAACACUCGAAUGAAGAUAGGAAGAAGUCUUUGUAUCUUUGGUUAGGCAUUAGUUUCUUCGUUUCGCCCCAUUUUUUGUCGACUUUAGCAGUAUGUUUUAUGCUUAUCUAUUGGAAAUUUUAUGUUUAUUAGCUUAAA